AUGUUUGACCAGGAGAGGAAUUGCAUCACUGAAGCGGAACAACUUCAAUCUCUGAGCUCUACGCAAGAGGAGAUUGAACAGCUGAGGGCAGCACUUCAGAGUUCUCAGGACAAUGAGAAAACUCUGAAAGAGCAGAACAAGAAUCUCAGCACUGAGGUGGCUCAGUUUCAGUCUGUGUAUGCCAAAAAACAGGCAGAGAUUGAACAGCUGAGGGCCAUAGCUUGUCAGUUUGAGUACCAGCUGAAUGAUGUUCAGCAAAACCAAACCGACAACACCAAGCAGUUGAAAAAGGUUGAUGAGCUUGAACGCCUGACAAAAAGACAGGAGCUCAAGAUCCAAAACCUUUUAGCUGAACUGGAGGAUCUGCAGAAGAGUAGGAAGUCUCUGAGUCAGGAGAAAAAGAACAUCAGUGCUGAGCUGAAACUAACUGAACGUCAGAAGGAGACGAAAAAGGCCCUGAGUGACAGGUUGCAGGAAGACGUUCGUACUCUGGAGAAAAAUGAGAAAAUCCUCAUCGAGAAGAUCCAGAGUAUGAGUGCUGAGAGGGCCCAGCUUGAAGAUCUGACUGAGGAGAAACACAGACGGAACAGAAGUCUGAAAGAAGAAAUAUUUCUCCUCAAGUGCCAACUAAAAGAGGCUCAGAGGGUCCACAGCGAUGAAAACCAAAAGCUGACCGAUGCGGGAUCUCUGACGGAGAAAUAUCAGGCAGAGCUGGAAAGGUUUAGGAAAACUGUGCAUGAGCUCCGUGAAAAGAACGACUUCCUGCAAAAUCAGACCAGCAACCUUGCUGAGGAGCUGACCAAAGCCGAGAGUCAGGGAAGCCGUCAACGUCAAGAGAUCACAAAUCUCAAGACGACUGUGCAACAAUUUCAGCACCAAGUGACGGAGGCUCAGCAAGUCAUGUGGGAUCAAGAGCAGCUCAUCACUGAACAAAACAACCAAAUUGUUCACAAACAGGAGCUGAUUGAUGAGCUGUACGAAGCCCGAGACG